AUGGAAGAAGAGAGUCAUUUGUAUGUGAAAAGUGAACAACAAGAAUUCGAAAGCCUUCAAGAACAAAUUCAAGACUGUAUUCAAAACUUUGUUGAAACAGUUCAAAAUUUUUUUGAAGGAGUUCAAACUGAUAGAUGUUCACGACUUCAUGAAGUUAUAUCUAAACUCGAAGAACUCGAUAAGCUAAGGAAUGAGGUGGAUGUAAAAACAAAAAAAUGGAAUGAGCUUAAAACAACAGUGUCAGCAUUUACUUCUCAGUUUGGGCAAAUCCCAUUAUAA